UUAAAAUGCUUUGUUCUUAUUUGCAAACCCAAAAUCUCAUCACCCUGCUUUAAUAAUGCUGUCUUUACAGGAUAAUCCCAAUUUCUGUGUCCAUCAUCGGAACUGAAAUGAAAGAAAACAGGAUGAAUGUGACUGAUUUAAUUCUAAUAGGACUUACACAGAAUCCUCAGAUGCAGAGAAUUCUAGUUGUUGUGUUGUUUAUCACCUACAUUGUCACUGUCACAGGAAACCUGCUCAUUGCGGUCACCAUAAUCUACAGUCAGACAUUGAAAUCUCCAAUGUAUUUUUUCCUGGCCUUCUUAUCUUUGAUAGAUGCCUGCUACUCCUCUUCCAUAAUCCCUAAAAUGCUAGCUGACUUGCUCUCUGAGACAAAAACCAUCUCCUUCAAUGGCUGCAUGACACAGAUCUUUAUUGAACAUUUCUUAGGUGGUUCUGAGAUUGCCCUCCUUGUGGUCAUGGCCUAUGACCGUUAUGUGGCCAUCUGUAGACCUCUGCACUAUGUGACCACCAUGAACCACCAUGUAUGCUGCCUUUUGGUGGGUGUGUCUUGGACAGUGGGUUUUUUCCAUUCUAUUGGACAGAUUCUUGUCACUUUCUGGCUCCCAUUCUGUGGCCCCAACAUUAUGGAUCACUUCAUGUGUGACGUCUUUCCACUGAUACAACUUACCUGCACAGACACUUUCCUUGUUGGUCUCUUGAUUGCUGCCAAUGGUGGGGUAAUCUGUGUAAUAACCUUUGCAAUGUUGUCGAUAUCCUAUGUUGCCAUCCUAUAUCACCUGAGGACUCAGAGCUCUGCAGGGAGGAAAAAGGCCCUCUCUACCUGUGGUUCCCACAUCACUGUUGUUGUCUUGUUCUUUGUGCCCUGUAUUUUUAUGUAUAUGCGACCAGUAGCCACCUUCUCCAUGGAUAAAGCCAUAGCUGUAUUCUAUACUCUUGUCACUCCCAUGUUAAAUCCCAUUAUCUACACAGUAAGGAAUGCAGAAGUAAAAAAUGCCAUCAAAAUGUUAUUGAAAGGAAAUGUAAUUUCAGAUCAUAAAUGA